GCGGCACGCCCACUCUUUCCGGAUUGGCUGCCUUGUCUGUCAGUCUUGUGACAUCGGAGCACCUCCCUAUAAUAGCGCUUUAGCCUUCGCUGAAAGUUCACUUUCUGCUACCGAGCGACUCUGUCUUCUCCGCUGGGUGACGUAUUGCGGGCGCGUGCAGGAUGCCGGAUUUUAAUUGGUCGGUGAGUGUGAACGUUUAGGCGUCUAUUGGUAUCACGUGACAAGCUGUCAUGUCCUUCAUUUGGCCGCCAUGUUACUGGUCCUCUUGUUGCUGGGCUCUCACAGUCUUGCCUGAGAAUGGUGGGAGUUGCUCCAAGAAUGGGCUUAGUGAAGGACAGGAAAUCAGGAAUCCAAAUCCAUAGUAAAAGAGGCUUAGAAUCAAAUCUUAUCCAGACUGGGAGAGAGAAUCAAUAAACACAAUAUAUAAUCAAUAACCAGAACAUAUAAUCAAUAACCACAUUAUAUACUCACUAACCACAUUAUAUACUCAAUAAACACAAUAUAUAAUCAAUAACCACAUUAUAUACUCAAUAAACACAAUAUAUAAUCAAUAACCACAUUAUACAAUCAAUAAACACAUAUAAUCAAUAAACACAUUAUAUACUCAGUAACCACAAUAUAUAAUCAAUAAACACAAUAUAUAAUCAAUAAGCAGAACAUAUAAUCAAUAAACAAUAUAUAAUCAAUAACCACAUUAUAUAAUCAAUAAACACAAUAUAUAAUCAAUAAAAAGUGUUAUUCAGUGAAGCAGGGAUGUCAGACUGCAGCACAAGUUUUUGAACUACACUACCCAUGAAUCUCUGUGGCUCACAGGCUUAAAAUGGGUUGUGGGAGUUGCAGUCCAGAAGCAUUUUGGGGAGGCCCAUUCAGAAGAUGCUGCACUAGUUUGGGAAUUUAAACUGAAUUUCAAAGUUUAGGCAAAAACAGGCAACCUGGAAAAACACUUUGACCCCCUAAGGACCAAACUAAUGAAAUAAAAGGGAAUCAUGAGAUGUCACACAUGUCAUGUGUUCUUAAGGGGUUAAAUCAAUGUGUGGUUUUGGUUUGGCUGGUUUACGUUCACCAGGCCCGGACUGGCCAUCGGGCAUACCGGGCAAAUGCCCGGUGGGCCGCGAUGCCCGUGGGGCCGAGGCUGGCAGGGAGAUCACAGGAUCUCCCCUGCCAGCGCUACCCGAGCGCCAGCCCUGCUGUGUGCCUCCAUGGGCCGGUGGAGAGAUCAAAGAUCUCCCUCACCGGCCCAGAGGCAGUGUCACAGGCGGCCGCAGGCUGGGCAGGGAGGGAGGCAGGAGAGAGGACCGGCGGAGCUCUAACCAGCAGCGCUCAGAUCUCGCGAUAGUGAACUCUAGCCUGCAGGCUGGAGUUCACUCUCAACACUGGACCACCAGGGAAGCAUGACAGCAUGCCCCCCCCCUCAUGGCACCACGGCUCCCCCCCCUCCCAGGCUAAAGGUAAGAAGAGGGGGGGCAUAACUUUUUUUUUUUUUUAUUAUUAAUUAUUAUUAAUUAUUAAUAAAAUAAAAAAUAUAUAUAUUUAAAAUAAUUUCCCUAAAAGCCCCCCCAGACACACACAGCACCCCCCCAGACACACACAGCACCCCAGACGCACACAACAUCCUCAGACAGACAGCACCCUCACUCCCACAGAUAUACAGCACAUAUAUAUAUUAUAUAAAAUAACCCUCAGUGAGUUAACAAACAAAUAAAAUUAAAAACCCAGAAUGUGACGGCAGAUAAAAACACCCUCACACACAGCACUCCUCUUACACAAACACGCUGCGCACCUCACACAUACAAUACGUCCAAAUAUAUUAUAUAUUUAUAUAUAUAUAUAUAUAUAUAUAUAUAUAUAUAUAUAUAUACACACUACAGCACCCCUCACACUGCACCACUACAAUAAUUACGCUCCAGAUACACGCUAGAUCCCUUACCCUAUAUGCACUCUUAAUCCUCUACACACACACACACAAUCUUCUAUACACACUCUGGGUCCUUUACACACUAGAUCUCUUACACACACACUGCACCACCUUCACACACACUACAUUCCUUGUAAGCAAACACAUACAACAUUCUCUAAACACACCCUCUCUACACACAGUAGUGUGUGUGUGUGUGUAUAAGUGACACACACUACGUCACCUAUACACACACACUACUGCCCGUAUGCACACACUCGCUACAUCCCCUAUAACACUAUGCCCCUAUACACACACUCUCUACAGCCCCUAGCCACACACAUUACACCACAAAAUUGACCUAUUUACACAAUACCACACCACACUCUACACACAGGCAAUCCCACAAGCAUGCGCCAAACACAUGCACCAUACACUUUUCUGGCCUUUUUGUCCUCUGGUAUCCCACUUGUGGAGACACCAGAGACAAUUUAAAAGCAAACACAGCACAAGCAUGUUAUUACAUUUGCUUGCGCUGCGCAGAACAAAUACAGGGCCUUUUUCUAAUGCUAAUGCUCUUCAGCGGGGCUCUGCGCAUUGAACCAACAUGCUCACUUUGAGAGGGGGCGUGCUUGUCAUUAGUGAUGACAAAACACACCCUCUCUGGCCCCGCCCCCUUCUUGGGGGGCCGCUCUAAUUGAAAAAUGCCCUGGCCUCAUUUUUUUCCCAGUCCAGCCCUGACGUUCACUGUGAAUUCUCCGCAGCUCAUACAUGAGUGAAUAAUCCUGAACGGGUUAUUUGCCAAGAUCUGAAUUGUUGCCUAUUGAAAUAUUAAUGGCAAAUAUUAGCCAUAGUUGGGUAAGUUCUCCAAAUCGGCUAUAUUCAAAAAUCGGCUAUAUAUUUUAGACAUAAAAUUGCUCCGUCACCUCUCCCAAAAAAUUGGGAAUUUUAUAAAGAUAAUUUUUUUUUAAAUGAAAUGCUCAUGAAGACUGUUUGAAUUCCCUCUCAGUCAAAUGAGACACUGUAACGACUUGCAUGGCGCACCGCUCCCCCGCUGCUAUCUCAUUAAAGAGGUGGGUGUUAGACUCCCAUAACAUCCCUCACCGGUUUGCCUGCGCUCUUUGUUGAUUUGCUGUGAUUGCUAUCUUUGCAGAGCAGGUCUCUUUUUUACUUUGUCUCUAAAUUCCUCGGACUCUGGCAUUUGCCGAGGUAUUGAGAGUGAGUUGGGAGAAAAACAUAUUUUUAAAUAGGGUUUUUCUCUAAAGCUAUACAUUUGUUAGCGGAACUGCUAUUAAAAUUUUAGACAUGCUACUUCAAACUCUUUUGAAAUAGCUAAAGAUGUUUUUAGCCUUGGUAGGUUCCUGUUAAAGCGGCACUGUCACCAUUUGGGGACUUUGCAGAAUACCCAAGGACCCCUAACUGUGACAUUGCAUGCUCGAGAGUACAGCAUUGGGGCAUAUGGAAGACCCCCGACAGAGCCAGUUCCCUGCAGCCAUUACCGGUGACAGCUGUCUGGAUUGACACUGUAGCAAUGCAUAAGACAAAGUAGUCCCUGGUUUGUUUGUUUAUUGUUUUUUGAGAAAUAGAUGGGAGAAAAAAAAGAGAGUAGGAAAGAGGAAGCGAUUAAGGAAAAGGUAAGUACCGCCUGACAGUGUCGCUUUAAGAGAAAGUUGGGAAGUUUUUCCCUUCGCUUGAUUAAAAGGCGGAGUUACCGCUUUCAAGUCCUUAACAGUGACAGCUGGGUGGGGGGGGGGGUAAAAAGCUUUGUCUACGAAGGCUUUCAAUGUAUCCUCCAUAAAUAUAAGUGUUGUACUCUCGCAUGUGUGAGUUUAAAAACUGAUGUCUGCUCCUGUCAGAUGAAGUGGCAGGAGCUAAGAGUGCGUCAGAUCCAUAUGGCGGCAGCCUUGAAGGGCAGAAUCAGGCAAGUAAAACCUUUGUUCUCCUGCAUCCCUAGGGCCACUGCAGAGCAAGCGGCAAAGUCACCAUUGGAGGUGUCUGCAAAAGGUGACAGAGCUACUUUACUUUAGUAUUUUGGAUUUCAGUUCACUUCAAUCAGGAGUUUAGUUAAAAAAAAAAAAAACCCUGUAGUUCAGGAAACACGCUGUAGUGCUUAUGGUACUAAGAGUGCGCCGACUCACACCCAACCAGUACUAUUCCUUGUAAGGAGUCAAACGGUUUUAGAACAAUUUGACUUCUUCCUUGGUGUUUGCCGGCUGCUGCUUCCUGCCUACUCUACAGAUCUGUGAGAGCAGGAAUCUCCCGCUCGGGGUCUUAUGUUUGUUCUCCUGAGCCAAGCGUGCAGGGUAAGCACAUUGGUUCUUAGCCAAUGAGCUAAGCCAGCACUGCAAACGUUUAAGAAUGGUUUGACUGCUUACCUGGGUUCUGCUGGGCGCCCAUCACGGCAUUCCCUACUGACCGUGGUUCCUGUAAGGAGACUCCGUUAGCUCCACAUAGCUAAGCUCUGCCGUGUCAACUAACAGAUAAUUUAACCAUGCCCAAAAUUGUUAGCAUAGAAAAAUCGGCACUUGAAAUUUCAAGUCCUAUGCUGCAAGCUAGGUCUUAAAAUUUACUUGCCAAUGCAUGCCGCCAAGGGUGACUUUCUACUUGCCGGAGUGUAUUUUUUUUACUUGCUAGUGGCAAAUGGAAAGUUUGAGCCCUGGUGAAAUAAUGGUGAUAAUCAUAUUAAACAUAGUAUAAUUCAACACACACACACACACCGCUUAUAAACCGAUUUCUGCUUUCAAAUAAAGGGUCUCGUGCUUGUCUGGGUUUGAUUUUUGUCUACUAUGUAUAUGGUGUUAUCAAGUGAUCACAUCCGCCAGUGCUUGUACCCGUCAUUUGAAAGAGGGGGCUCACUUCUUUCAAAACAGGGACCCUCUGCUAAUGUAAUGCUGUGGGAUUUAUUAAAAAAAAUUUUUUUUUUUUUCUUUUCAGGAUACACUAGAACUUGUGUGAUAAUUUUUUUUGUUUUGUUUUUUUUUUUUUCUUGAGUACAGGUUUUGGAAAAUUUUCCAUUGCUCCUUUAUAUUCUGGCUGCCAAGUCUGUGCUACUGUGCUUGCUAUUUGCCGGUGUCAAAAUAUACCAGAGUAACAAAAUUGAAGCACAACUAAAACUUGAGCGUGAAGCAAGACGCAAAAAAGAAGCAGAGAAAGAAGAAACCGAGAAAAAAGAAGACUAAGGUAUGAUAAUGAUAUGUGUGUGUAUGUAAAUAUAAAAUAUGUUUAUUGUUUGGGUGCAUUAAAGAAAUUACUAAUGAAGAAAGGCUGACAUUUUUAACCCCUUAAGGACCAAACUUCUGGAAUAAAAGGGAAUCAUGACAUGUCACACAUGUCAUGUGUCCUUAAGGGGUUAAAAUGACUGUAGUCUCGACACUUGUGUCACAUGUUGGGAACCCGAGUGGUAGACGGGGGGUCCCACUACUGUACAUAUUCCACUAGACAAGUUAAUGCCCACGGUUACCACAAUGAGCGCCCACCAGAGUAACACAUAUGCACUGGUCAUGCGCUAGAAGAGACACCCUGUGCGUCACACCAGGCCCAUUACACUAGCGAUCACAUUGGGAGGGGCUAAGAGUGCACAUAAGUGAACCAGAGAGAUGUACGGGCGUCUAGGGCAUGGCAAAGGCACAAUACUCGGGAUUCGCAGGGGACGAACUAACAGAUAAGGAGGGGGGGGAUGAUGGACGCACCACGCGGACACAGCAGGCAGACUGGGGGGAUCAGGGACUGCACGGCCUAUAACGUAGCAAAACAUUGACAGUAACCCAGCUGCAGGCACGAACCCCCCCCCACACACAAUCCACCCCUGACGCGCAUGUGCACUCACUCCUGCUCCGCCACGUGUCACGCACGUGGCGCUUACCAGAACGUAACGAGGCAGACACACUAUCACGACGCCGCACACCCCCGAUAUGCCCCAUGCAUGAGAAGGCCCCCCAAGACAGGCGGCAACGGGGCCCCUAGAUGACAAGACUUGGGACCCGAACAGCGGUCCUUGGGCCCGUGUAGCGGGAUCCAAGCCACUGGCAGACAUCAAGGGCACCACUCCGGGACGAACAGACCCGAACACAGCCCGUCAGAUACCACGCCGACAGGAGGUGACGCCCCACGGCCCGGUGCCACUGACUGUUACGGACCCGCUGCGCACACAUACACCAAUUCUUCCCAAGAACACCGUGGAACCCCGACCCAAAUACGGCCAUGAGCGAGACAGGGAGUCGAACAGACAGCCACAAACACACACAACGAAGGGGGAGACUGGGAGGGACACACCCUUUAAAAAGCACACAACAAGAUACACAAAUGGCCCCACAGCGACAUGUGAGAGCAGAGACUUGCUACCAUGCACCCCAUCUUCAACACUACACCGAGAGACAUAGCUACUACGAAAGCCCAAAUCAGGUUGGGAGCUGAAGGAGACAGUUGAUGACGACCGACCACUAGACCGAGCCACUCCAUUGGUCAAGACGACACCGAUCCUCACUGAGACAGACCCUCCUGUAAAUUAUACCGGAACCUCAGGGAAGGUCAGGUAACCAACUCCCGAGAACCCCCAAAAUCCGGUACAGGGUCGACAUCACACCCAAACUAACCCCGUUCGCGGGUCCUCCUGACCCCAGAUAACCCCAUCCUCCUAGAACCCUCAUUCUAGACGACAUCCUUCCCCUCACCCCUCCAGUGCCGCUGCGAGUGGGGCCCCCUCCCUCCUCCCAAAAUGGCUGCCACCCGGGCGUUUGCCCCGGCCCAGCUGACGUAUUGGUCUAACAACGUCCAGGGACUCAACUCCCCGGAAAAACGGGCCCACUUGCACCGUCGACUGUGGAGCGCUAAAGCCUCCGUAGUUUUCCUGCAAGAAACCCAUCUCAAAGGUGGAGACGCACCUAAACUAGAAAACCGGCGCUUUCCUCUGGGAUUCUACGCUAACCACCCCGACACCAAAAAAGCCGGAGUCGCGAUUCUGUUCGCUCACUCGGUACCAUUCCAGAAUACACAAACUCUAGCAGACCCGAACGGGAGGUACCUCUUCCUGAGAGGCACCAUCGCAGACCAUGAAUACACCUUUGCGUGCUUAUACGGUCCAAACAGAAAGCAACAUAAGUUUCUACGCCAGGUGCUAGCCAAACUGGAAAAGUUCAGAGGGGCCCUGCUAAUCGUAGCAGGAGAUCUAAACAUGCCGCUGGACCCCAUACGAGACACCUCGAGGGGCCAAAGUGCGAUCCCCACACACUGCCUGAAAGCCGCACAACGAUUCUUACACAAGAUGGGGCUAGUGGACUGCUGGAGGACAUACCACCCAGACGACCGAGACUAUACCCACUACUCCGCGGUACACGCACACUAUAGUCGAAUCGACUACAUUUUCAUGGCCCAGGAGUAUCUUAACCUAUUACGUAGCGCAGACCUAGGCAUCAUGGACCACUCUGACCACGCACCGGUACUGAUCGAUACACAAUCCCCGCUCUUUAAACCCAGAGAAAGACAGUGGAAGCUUAAUGAAUCCAUGCUAGACGACCUGGAAUUUACCACCGCUAUGAACCAGGCCCUAACUGACUACUUCACGACAAACGAAAGUCCGGACAUACAGCCGCUGACUCUCUGGGAAGCGCACAAAUGUGUCAUCCAAGGACACCUUAUCACAAGCUGCACCCGCUGCAAAAAACAAAGGACGACGCAAAUUGCUAACCUGACAAGCCGCAUAGCUGAGCUUGAACAAACCCAUAAAUCCACUUUGGAUGACAACACAUACCUCCGACUCACGGAAACUCGCAGAGAGCUUCGAGAUAUAUUGACCCAAGGACUACUCCACACUGCCAGGAAAACAUCUCGAUACUUCUACGAACAUUCGAAUAAAAGUGGACGACUGCUGGCGAAGAUGCUCCAAGAAAAACGGAGAACACGACACGUCCACAAGAUACACACGAAAGAAGGUGCCAUCACCCGGCUCCCGGAGGGCAUCCUAACAGCUUUCAAAGAGUAUUACAAGACGCUAUACGACCAAGCACAGCAUAAAUCGGGACGUACGGUGACACACCAUCAGGAACGGAUAGCUGCAUACUUAGAAGAACAUACCACCCGCAAACUGACGCCUGAACAAAAGGCCGACCUGGAACAACCCAUGACAAUUGAGGCAUUAGCGGGAGCCUUGAAAACAUCCAAACCCCACAGGGCUCCGGGACCUGACUGCCUCCCUAUCGCAUAUAUACGUACCUUUAAGGACGUUCUCCUUCCUAGACUCCUCACCGGGAUCAAUUCCAUCCAAGAAGGAGGACGAUUCCCUAAGCCAUGGCCACCAGAGUAGCGCAAACGCUCCCCAACCUGAUACACCCGGACCAGGUUGGGUUCAUACCCGGGAGGGAGGCCAGGGACACCACCAUCCGAGCCCUUAACAUCAUACACACAGCAGUGGCCGGCAAACGAGACAUGGUGCUUCUAUCCACCGACGCCGAAAAGGCGUUUGACCGGGUAGACUGGGAUUACAUGGCAGCAACCCUGAGUCACAUGGGGUUUGGCCCACGAUUGCGAACCUGGGUAGCCGCACUAUACACCACGCCGUCAGCACGCAUACGUGUCAAUGGAGCCCUGACCGACUCAUUUGACAUAAGUAACGGCACAAGGCAAGGAUGCCCCCUAUCCCCCCUUCUAUUCGCCCUCACUCUCGAACCCUUCCUUGAAGCGGUCAGACAGCAUGGGGGGAUCACAGGAUUUAGCAUAGGCGGAAAGAAACACCGAGUAGCGGCUUAUGCCGACGACAUGCUAUUUUUCCUGGAGCAACCUAGGGUAUCGACACCGAACCUCCUGGACGCAUUUCGAACUUACAGUGAGGUAUCCAACCUAAAGCUAAAUCUGGAUAAAUCCGAAGCAAUGCUGCUCACGAGGGACGCGACUCUCCAGCAACACAUCCAAACGCAAUUCCCCUUCAGAAUAUGCACCUCCAAAUUGCGAUAUCUUGGCGUCUGGCUACCCGAGGACACGACGCGCAUAUACCAACUGAACUUCGCACCCCUUCUAGCUACCCUACAACUAGAUAUAAAACGGUGGACGGCCCAGUACAUCUCAUGGUUUGGCCGCAUAAAUGCAAUAAAAAUGAAUGUCAUGCCUCGCAUUCUAUACCUAUUCCAGACACUACCAACAACCAUCCCAAGAGGGUUCUUUCAAGCGAUAACGACUACCAUCCGACAGUUCGUCUGGAACCACAAACCAUCACGCGUGAAACGGUCCACCUUAGAACAACCAAAAAGCCAGGGCGGAACGGGACUCCCGUCGAUCAUCACAUACUACCAGGCAACCCACAUACAUCGACUGGUCGAUGGCACGCUAAUCCGACCACUAAACAAUGGGUCCACAUAGAAAUACAACAAGCCCUAGGCAAAAUCCCCGCCCAACUGUGGCUGGGCGAAACAUCUCUUGGGAACUUACGCACGGACAACCCAAUGAUAAACGCCACGCUGCAGGUCUGGUGCAAGGUUCGCUACACCAGGAACCUCACGACAUCCCCCAACCCGCUUACACCUAUUACUAACAAUCCGAAGCUGGCGGGAGGGCUUAGCCCAGCCGACCUAAGGAACUUGGGAGCUACAGACUGGGUAUACAUAAGCCAAUGGUGUGAUGGGCCGAACCUAAAGACAAUGGGGGAACUUCUACAAGACCGCCGACCAACUAGAAUGGACUAAUUCCGAUACCACCAAAUAAAAACGUACGCUGCCGCUUUAAAAGGCAGGGGUCAUCUGCACCGUCCACUGCUCUACCUGGAACAACUAUGUACAGACAGACACCACCUCACACACGGAGUCUCGAUCCUAUAUACCAUGCUUCAAAACAGCGGAGACAAACCACCGCUGGGGUUCACUGAACGAUGGGAAAGAGACGCGGAUGUAAUACUCACGGAUAACGAAUGGGAAAAAAUAUUCCAACUCACACACAAGGGAUCCAUAAGCACUAAAUUCCAAGAAUGUAAUUACAAAAUUUUGACACACUGGUACCGGACCCCGGAUGUUCUACGGCACAUCCAUGACUCGGUCCCAGGCGAAUGCUGGCGGUGCGGCACAGAAAUAGGCACAGGAAUACACAUUUGGUGGAAGUGCACGCACAUCAUACCCUACUGGCGAAUGGUCCAUCGAUUGAUAAAAGAAAUUACGGGAACAGAGAUACCUUUCCAGCCACUGCCAAUGUUGCUAAAUCACACCCACACACCCCUGAAAGCAUACAAGAGAGGCCUCGUCAUACAUCUGCUGACGGCUGCGAAAACUCUCAUUCCGACGAUGUGGAAAAGCCCAACAGUUCCCACAUAUCAACAAUGGAUAGACAGGGUGGAAGAGAUUUACAAUAUGGAAAGGAUGACGGCCUCCCUACAGGGACGCGCAGAAAAAUGUACCCUGACCUGGUUCCCGUGGAUGGACUACAUAUCCAAGACAGCAGCAAGAACAGACGCGGGGGGGGAUGGGGGCGCCGCUGCAGCGGCACAUACACCCCCGGUUGGGGAACUCGCUCCCUCCGGAGCCAAUAUGCCCGAUUAAACCCCACAAGACAGGUCAUAACUCACAACCCAUCCCGACCCUAUCCCAACCCCAGACCCUCCACCCCCGACAGAGACUAGGCAUGGACAAAUAAACUAAGGACAGGAGUUAUCCCGAAACACAAAAGGCGAUACAUACAAUAGGAUGGACAGGAAGAGACUCACGAUGCGCACAGACAACACCAACGCAAUCUGGGCCCGCCGAGAUUCCCAAGGUUUGGGAAGCAACUGGCACCAACAACGGUAAACUAACCCCCGAAACUGAAGGGAACGGAGAAAGAUAGAUGGGGAAGAUGACGGAGGGGGGAGAGAGACACCCCAACACAUGAAGGCAGAGGACGUACACAGUACAUCAAGACAGGUAAUGCCACCAGGAAUGCUCAUACACAGGCACCGCAGACACAAUAGCAGACCAACACAACCGGCACCCCUCACUACAAAUCGGUAAGCCACCAACGCCCACAAGUAGACGCAUAACGCUCACGCCAAAACCUACCUAACCACGGCCCCGUAACUGACAAAUGAUUUCGCCCGAUCUCCCCUAGUGCCACCCCAGCUAUAGCUUGGCACUUGGGCCCCUAAGCCCAAGGCUCCCGGGAAGAGACCUAUGACACGAUGUCGGGCCUCGAGCAAUUUGGAAACAUGAUACAAACACAUUGAACACUGCCCUGAACUAGAUUGAACGCAGAAAGCAAAACAUACUUAUAACAAGUGUCAACAUCGCCACUGUGACUCCAAAUUAGCUAUUCCUAAAAUCAAUAGCUACCUGCCCCCUACGUCCCUUGCGCAUCCUCCACGCUCCCUACCACUGGCCAAUGCACGCAUACUUAUACACCCGAUUAGCGGGGACUAGCCGGACAGAAAGACUGAGGGGGAGGCAGGGAUACGACUCUUAGGCUUCCCACCACCUUACCAUGAGAACACCAUAUGAAGGACACUCCGCAAGACCCUACUAGGGACGGAGGCAGCAAUCUACAGUUAUGCAUAAAUUAACGACCCAUAAAUCACAGCCCCAAGCCGACAGGUCACAAUAUACACGUAUCAACCCGAACCCAACACGUGGGUGGCACGUAUACACGAUACCAGCACUAGUACCACAAGACAUAUGACAGCGAACCCGACAAGUGCACUACAUGCGACACAAAGAAGGAAACAUAACUACACAAGUUGAACAGGAGUGGAGAUAGUCAGGGGAGGGUGACACGGGGGAGAGAGAGAAGGAAAACUGGACAAAAGGCCACAGCGAGAAGUGGUAACAUGUUGCAAUGUAGGCUGACAAUAGGUACACCUGCUGUUUAUAGAUAUGCCUGCCAUGCACUAGUCAGCAACUCACGUCCUGAACAUACGCCCAUUUACCAGGACUACGGAUUGAGAUAUACACCUGGUCACAGCCCCAGCUAGUUUAACCUAUGUUCCCAGAAAGCUCACAAUGUGACCUGGUUUGACGCACAGUUUUACACACAAUGACUUCCCGAUGCAAGUUAUGCCACAUAAAGUUUACUAAUUGCACAUUUUCGAUGCGAUCUAUAUCCUGUUGUGUUCAUGUAUACUGUUUACCUUGAUGCAAGCUGACCCAUAUUGUCUAUUUUUGUUUAAACACAUUAAUGCACAAUUGAAACUUGGAAAAAUGAAACAAAACUGAAAUAAAGAAUGUAAAUAAAAAAUGACUGUAGUCUCAGUAUUAGAAUAGCUCUGGCAAGGUCACCAUUUGUGGAAAGGGUGGCUUAGCCAAGCAUUGGACCCUCAUGGGACACUAAUGUGAUGUGGUCCAGUUUGGAUGGUAAACAUACCACCCCUUACUGGACUACAGUGCAUAGCUGUAGCAGACUAGGCCCCUGACUCUUCUGCAUAGAAAAGCUUGGUGGUUUCCUUGUGAACAGCACUUGGAGAAUUUGAUGUCCUAUCACUUCAUCCUGGUACGCUUAGGGUGCCAUGCUGGAGAAAUGAGUGGUCAAGCUGUUCCAGCCUGCUAGACACUAGAGAAACCACCCUCCUGCACUCAAAAGGUAUGCAAAGAGGAGGUUAGCAUCCAAUGCUGCCCAUUUGGAAGCAUUUAAUUGGGUGAACGCUGUGCAUGCGCUUCUUGUCUCCAAUGCUUCUGUAUGAGGAGCAUUGCAUUGGACGAGUAGGCAAUGAAGUGACAAAGCAAUGUCGCGUGUGGCAUCACCGAGUUUCCCACGGGGCUUGAAAAAAGUGAAGUAAAAUGCUUAUUUUCUUUAUUAAAUUUGAAGGGGCCUUAAAUCUAAAUAGGAACUAGAAACCUAUAGCGUUAGGAAUACAAUCAAAGGUUCUAUGUUUCUGUUGUGUAUUUUAUUCCCCCUCCCCGAACUAACUGCCUGUUGGCUCACACACACAUUUCUUAGAUGAAUAAAUUCCAAGUAAUGUACAUCCAAUUUAGCAUGUCAUGGAAAUACAGUUGAUCGUUUAUUUAAGUUUUUUGAAUACCUUUAUAUAUUAAUUUAUUUUUUUCCUCCUAGGGGAUUUCAUCUCGCCUGCUUUAUGAAUACAUUCACUGGAGAUUUGCUGUGUCUGUGGAAAUGCUGUACUGUUUCAGAGAAUGUGAACUGUUAAUUUAUCACUUUAUACAUUUUUAAUAUUUUUUCUUUUUUUUUUUUUCUUUCUUUUUCUAGAAUAUUAAAUUGUAUUUUCUAAAAA